CCCCCCCCCCCCCCCGCUGUCACAGCUACAGGAUACAGGAGAUAAUGGCCCAGGGCUCAGUGUCAGGCCAGUAUGUACUGGGUAUCGAUCUGGGAACCACCUCAGUAAAGGCUGUGCUAGUGGAAAGCAAAACCAACAGAGUGACUGACAGCCAGACCAGACAGACGAACGCAGACAUCAGCAGUGACACUGGAAUACAGGCUAAGGAGCAAGAUGCUGGGAAGAUAGUUGACGCUCUGAGUGAAUGCAUUGCUGCCUUACCCAAAUACAAGCUCCAAGGAGUCGUCAGGAUAGGUGUCUCUGGACAGAUGCAUGGGGUGGUGUUUUGGAAAGCAGGAAAAGGCUGUGAUUGGCUGAGCAUUGGAGAAUGUCACAUGUUCCAGCCAAUAGAUGUCAGCCCUCUGAUCACAUGGCAAGAUGGCCGCUGCACCAGAGAGUUUCUGUCUUCGCUGCCUCUACCUGACUCUCACCUCAGUCUGGCCACUGGUUUUGGCUGUACCACUGUUUUCUGGUACCUCAAACACAGGCCUGAUUUUCUGACCCCCUUUACUGCAGCAGGGACCAUCCAAGACUAUGUGGUCACUAUGCUGUGUGGCCAGGAAAGACCCGUUAUGUCUGUCCAAAAUGCUGCCAGCUGGGGUUACUUCAACACAAAAGCUAACGAAUGGAAUGAGGAAAUUUUAAGGAAGGCUGGCUUCCCCGUGUGGCUGCUCCCGAGGGUAGUGGAGUCCGGCAGCAUUGCAGGGGAGACCUUUUCAGAGUGGCACGGCGUCCCGGCACACACACCAGUGGGGGUGGCACUGGGGGAUUGUCAGUGUUCAGUCUAUUCCUGCAUGGUGGAGAAGACUGACGCGGUUCUCAAUAUCAGCACCUCUGCCCAGUUGGCCUUUGCCCUGCCCCCUGCUUUCCAGCCUCCACAGAGCCCUGACCCCUCCUCCCCUCUCUCUUAUUUCCCGUACUUCGACGGCUGUUACCUGGCGGUAGCGGCGUCGCUCAACGGGGGCAACGUGCUGGCAACGUUUGUUGGGAUGCUCACGGAAUGGAUAAGAGAAUUAGGCUUGGAUAUCAACAAUUCCAGUAUUUACACCCAGUCAAUCCAAGCUGCCCUAAAUCAGCACAGCACCGACCUCCUAAUAUCCCCAACCAUCUUCGGUGAAAGACACGCCCCCGAUCACCUGGGAUCAGCGUCCAGCAUCUCUGCUGCCAACGUCUCGCUCGGUCACAUGACCCGGGCGCUCUGCCGCGGCAUCGUUCAGAACCUGCUGUCCAUGCUACCGCCUCGCAGACUGCAGGAAUCGGGCGUGCAGAGGAUCAUGGGAAGCGGGAAUGCGCUGUCCAGAAACAAGGUUCUGAAACAGGAAGUGGAGAAAGCAUUCCCACUUCCUGUGGUGUACGGGAAGGAUGUUGAUUCAGCAGUGGGUGUUGCGAUGAUACUCAGUGACCGGAUCUGUUGAAGAAAAUAAGCAGAGCCUCGGUUGUUUUGCCCUGAUACAGUGUAAGAUAUGAGUUAAUCAGUACAUCACUAUAGAACAGGGAAAUACCAUGGGCAAGGAUUUGAUUUAAUCUACCUGAAGAUUACAAGCAUCUACAGUGAGUGCUUUAAUGAGGCAAUGACACUGCAUCCAUUAUGUGGAAUCAUUGUAAUAAUUGUAUGUUGAUCAUAUGUAAUUGCAUGAGCUCUCACACCUAGAUUAGAAUUAUACAAAGCGUUUCAGACUGUGUUUGAAUUGAGAAAGUGUGGUGGAAUUCGCCUCGGUUGGAUGACGGUGGCAUGGAGGAGAAUAAAGAACCCCAGCGGGAAGAAACCUCUGUUCUCAGCCCCGCCAUUUUCUCUCAGUCGUUGCUGCUAGUGCGCCAUCAGUAUUCACAAUGCUGCUUUGUUGAACAUAAAUUACCCGGUCUGAGCCUCCCCAGCCAAUUCUGUGCCCUGGAAAGCAGACCUAUAGUUCUAUUCUGGAACUUCAGAAACACCUUGAUAAGGAAUAUAAUGUGUUAUUUCAUCAGGGAAAACAGACAUGAACAAAAGCAAUGUGUUAAAUAACAUUCCUUCUUAUAAUUAUUAAUUUAUUUUUAUACAUGUAAUUAUUAUAUGAAGAAAUUGAAUGACAAAUAAAAUUCUGA